AUGCAUGCAAUAUUUUUAUUAAUACACUUUACCAAACAAUUCCUAAUUGGUGAAUUCAGGUUUAGGGUUUUAACGAGGGAAACGCCUAAAAGAGUCGUUGUGAUGGAGCGGAAGGGAGAGCCGGAAAAACCGGAUAUGCUUCCUUCUACGGCUUUGGCUUAUCUUGAUCGGAACUACUGGGAUAAGAGGUUUGCUCACGAGGAACACUACGAAUGGUUCAAAGAUUAUUCCCACUUCCGUCACUUUCUUCUUCAACAUAUUCAACCUCAAUCUUCUGUGUUGGAGCUAGGAUGUGGAAAUUCCCAGUUGUGUGAAGAAUUAUAUAGAGAUGGCAUUACUGAAUUGACCUGCAUUGAUUUGUCUCCCAUUGCAGUGGAGAAGAUGAAACAAAGAUUGAUAAACAAGGGAUACAAAGAAAUAAAAGUGCUGGAAGCUGAUAUGCUAGACCUGCCUUUUGAUGAUGGAUGUUUUGAUGUGGUUAUAGAGAAAGGAACAAUGGAUGUGUUGUUCGUGGACAGUGGUGACCCCUGGAAUCCACACUCUGCGACAGUGGAGAAAGUAACGAAAAUGCUUAAUGAAAUUCACAGAGUUCUGAAACCUGAGGGCAUAUUUAUCUCUAUCACAUUUGGCCAGCCACACUUCAGGCGCCGGUUCUUUAAUUACCCUGAGUUUACCUGGUCUGUUGAGUGGAACACUUUUGGAGAAGCAUUUCACUAUUUUCUCUACAUCUUGAAAAAGGGACAAAGAGCAUCAUCAGAUAGCGAGGAGUGCGGGGAAAAAACUUGUAUACCGUCAAUAUGUCUAUACCAUGACGAAUUAGAGGGUGAAGACUUUCUAUUCAGAACCAACCUUGAUGAGAUGGAAAACUAGACGUGAAACAUAGACUGCAGCUCCACUCUGCACCCUGUAUUGCUUUAUUUCUUUUUUAUAGGACUCAGAUUUUACAAAAAAAGGUCAUCUUUCUAUCACAAUGUUCACAAGUUUAUUUCAUUUUAAAGAAUUUGGCUGUACAUUCUGGAAAUCAUUUGGAAAAUUAGU